UCUGCGGGGCGGACGCCGCGGGCAUGGACUAUUCGUACGACGAGGACCUGGAUGAGCUGUGCCCAGUGUGUGGGGACAAGGUGUCCGGAUACCACUACGGGCUGCUCACGUGCGAGAGCUGCAAGGGCUUCUUCAAGCGCACUGUGCAGAACAACAAGCACUACACGUGCACCGAGAGCCAGAGCUGCAAGAUCGACAAGACGCAGCGCAAGCGCUGUCCCUUCUGCCGCUUCCAGAAGUGCCUGACGGUGGGGAUGCGCCUGGAAGCCGUGCGCGCUGACCGUAUGCGGGGCGGCCGGAACAAGUUUGGGCCCAUGUACAAGCGGGACCGGGCCCUGAAGCAGCAGAAGAAGGCACAGAUUCGGGCCAAUGGCUUCAAGCUGGAGACAGGCCCCCCAAUGGGGGUGCCUCCGCCACCCCCUCCCCCACCGGACUACAUGCUGACCCCCAGCCUGCACGUGCCUGAGCCUAAGGGCCUGGCCUCUGGUCCACCCACUGGGCCACUGGGCGACUUUGGAGCCUCAGCACUGCCCAUGGCCAUGCCCAGCACCCAUGGGCCACUGGCCGGCUACCUCUACCCUGCCUUCCCUGGCCGUGCCAUUAAGUCUGAGUAUCCAGAACCCUAUGCCAGUCCCCCGCAGCCUGGGCCGCCCUAUGGCUACCCAGAGCCCUUCUCUGGAGGGCCCAGUGUGCCCGAGCUCAUCCUACAGCUGCUGCAGCUGGAGCCUGAUGAGGACCAGGUGCGGGCACGCAUCGUAGGCUGCCUGCAGGAACCUGCCAAAGGCCGCCCCGACCAGCCAGCACCCUUCGGCCUCCUGUGCAGGAUGGCUGACCAGACCUUCAUCUCCAUCGUGGACUGGGCUCGCAGGUGUAUGGUGUUCAAGGAGCUGGAGGUGGCUGACCAGAUGACACUGCUGCAGAACUGCUGGAGUGAGCUGCUGGUGUUCGACCACAUCUACCGCCAGGUCCAAUACGGCAAGGAGGGCAGCAUCCUGCUGGUCACUGGCCAGGAGGUGGAGCUGACCACAGUGGCUGCCCAGGCGGGCUCCCUGCUCCAUGGCCUGGUGCUGCGGGCGCAAGAGCUGGUGCUACAGCUGCAUGCACUGCAGCUGGACCGCCAGGAGUUUGUGUGCCUCAAGUUCCUCAUCCUCCUCAGCCUCGAUGUGAAGUUCCUGAACAACCACAGCCUGGUGAAGGACGCUCAGGAGAAGGCCAACGCUGCCCUGCUCGACUACACCCUGUGCCACUACCCACACUGCGGGGACAAGUUCCAGCAGUUGCUGCUGUGCCUGGUGGAGGUGCGGGCCCUGAGCAUGCAGGCCAAGGAAUACCUGUACCAUAAGCACCUGGGCAAUGAGAUGCCCCGCAACAACCUGCUCAUCGAGAUGCUGCAGGCCAAGCAGACUUGAGCCCGGGCCGGCCGGGGCAGGCGGGCCGGGAGGGCGCGGCUACCCGCCGCCUCCGCAGGGCUUAUUCGAUUAGGCCAACCCAGGAGCCCCAUCCCAUAGGCCCCUGACCCUAAGCUCUGGAGCUGUGUGUUUGGGGUGGUGGGUAAGGACGGGCAGGGCCUGGCUGAGGUGGGGUGGCCCUCACCAGCCACUGGCACUUGCCUGCCACUCAGAGUGCCCCAAGGAGGCGGCUGCUACCCACCCCGCCCUCCCCCUGCUCCCAGCUUCUGUCCUGGAGUCUGAAGUGCUGGCUGUCCAGGGAGGAGGUUCGGGAUUCCCUGGUGGGCCUCGAUGUCCCUCGGGUCAGAGGUCAUUCUUUCCCCCUCUGCUAGAAUCAGAGGCAGGGGGAAAGUCGAGCAGGCAUCAACAGGGAUGGCAGGUGGGGGGUCUCCAAAGCUCCCCCAUAGAGGGGACGUAAGUCCUCUGAUUUGUAAACUAGGGAUAAUGGAGUUUGCUAAGUUGGGUAGAGGCUGCAGGCCCUAGAGGACACUGGGAGACUGGUUAGGACAAAAGACCUCUCCCCUACCCCUCUACCCAUCUGACUUCUGCAGGGGAGUCUCUGACCCAUUACUGGAAAAGGAUUUUGUUACAGUUAACCUUCUGACCCUCUUCUGCCCACCCAGGAAGAGUUGGGUACAGUCAACAGACCAGUCCUGCCCACACCUGGCCAGCCCAGGCUGGUACUAACCUGCAAGGGUGUAGUUAAGAGGGUUUUUCGGUUUUGUUUUUUCCUUCUCUACUUCUCAAUCUCUUAGACAUUGCUUGAAAGGUGUGUGUGCUGGAAGGCAGGGGACAGAUGUGGGGACUGAGCUAGGUAUGGGGAUCAGCACCAAGUACCGCCCAGGCCUUCUCCCUAGACACUUUCCACCAAGACCCAGUGGUGCUGGGUUGUUCCUGAGCCCCACCACAAUACAGAGAAGAGCUGUUGCUUGCCCUCCAGCCCACUAGGUGAGCAGGAGGCACUGUGUGGCUCGGGGUCUCUGUGGGUGGGAGUCUAGGUGAAGGUGGGAGGGCACCUGGGUCUUUGGAUCAGGGUCAAUGCCAGCGAGCCCCUUCCUUGUGGCCUUGGCCCACUGGGUUCCUCACUGCAACCCUUGAAGCUGGGCCUCAGCUGCCUGGACUCCUACCUUGCCUCCCAAAGGAUAUUCUCCAGGGCCAGGAGCUAGGGAGAGGCCUCAACUGUCCUCUGUCCCAGGCUAGACACCCACUGUCUGUCCUGCUUUCGUGUCGCCGUUUGAGCUUGCGCUGAGCCUGCCCAGUCAGACAAGGCUGGAUGUCCCCCCCCCCCCCGCUGCCUUCUGCUGCCCUGUCUCAGUCCCCAUUCUGCCCCUGAAACGUGUGCCCCUGCCAAGGCCAGAGACCCACAGCCCCAAAACAAGAAGUGCCCUUACGACCCCGCCCCUGCCCGGCAGCCUUGGAAUA